AUGGCGGAGACCCAAGUGCCCGAGGUUGACUACACCCUCAACAACCCCGACACCCUGACCAAGUACAAGACCGCUGCCCAAAUUUCGCACAAAGUGCUCGAGGCCGUCUCUGCUUUGUGCGUCGAGGGCGAGAAGAUUGUCGAGAUUUGCCAGAAGGGUGACAAGCUCCUCGAGGAGGAAAUUGCCAAGGUCUACAAGGGCAAGAAGAUUGCCAAGGGUAUCUCCAACCCCACUACCGUCUCUCCUAGCUCCUAUGUCACUCCCUACACCCCUCUGGUGUCCGAUGCCGCCGAGGCCGAGAUUACCUUGAAGGCCGGCGAGAUCGCCAAGAUCCAGCUUGGUGCUCAGAUCGAUGGUUUCGGAACAAUCGUCUGUGAUAUGGUUGUUGUCCCCAAGAAGGACGCCGCCAAGGAGCCUGUCACCGGCCGCGAGGCCGACCUGAUCCUUGCUACCCACUACGCCAACGAGGUCAUGUUGCGUCUCAUGGUUCCCCAGGGUCUGCUGGCCCAGGGCACUGACGAGGAAAAGAAGAAGGCCGCCGCUCAGAAGGCUCCUACUCAGGCUCAGCUCUCCUCCUACCUGGAGAAGAUCGCUAAGGCCUACGACUGCACCGUCAUUGAGAACACCACCAGCUGGCUGUUUGACCGCAACGAGAUUGAGGGCACCAAGAAGAUCAUCGUGAACCCCGGUGACGGCACCCGUGGUGAGGGUGUCCCCGAGGUUGGUGAGGUUUGGGGUAUUGAGGUUGGUCUCAGCUUGGGCAACGGCAAGGUCAAGUCUCUUGACCACCGUACUACUCUGCACCGCCGCACCACUACCACCUACCACCUCAAGCGUCCCAGCUCUCGCCAGACCCUCUCCGAAGUCGUCAAGAAGUUCGGUACAUUCCCCUUCAGCUUGCGUCAGCUCGAGGAUGAGAAGGCCGCUAAGGUCGGUGUUGUCGAGUGUGUUCGCAACGGUGUCUUGCGCGCCUACGAGCCCAGCGGUUCUGCUGACAACACCCCGGUUUCCCGCCUGCUCACUACCAUUGCUAUUACCAAGAAUGGUAUCACCAAGCUUGCUGCCCCCGCCGAGCUCGAUCUCACCCAGUACAAGUCCGACAAGAAGAUUGAGGAUGAGGAAAUUCUCAAGAUCCUUGAGCAGCCUCUCGCUCGCUCGACUGGUAACAAGAAGAGCAAGAGCAACAAGAAGAAGGUCACCGCCAAGGAGUAA